AUGUCGACCAAGAUCAACAAUGGGCUCUUCAUGGGCGACGUCGACGCCGCGCAGGACGCCGACUUUUUGAGUCUCAACGGCAUUGAGUUUGUCAUCAACUGCGUUCCGCGCGAGAUGCCCAACGUCUUUGAAGCCGACGGCGUCCAGUACUUGGCGCUCGAUAUGGCCGAGGACCCGUCGGGCCGUGGGCUCCUCUUUGAUUUACGAUGCCAAGAGUUUCUGGACGUCGUCGACUUUCUCGAAAGCGCGAUGGAGGAGAGUCAAAGCGUCCUCGUGCACUCGAUGGACGGCAUCUCGCGCAGCCCGAGCGUCAUGAUGAGCUACCUCAUGGUCAAGUACCAAUGGAGCCUCGACAAGGCUUUCGAGUACGUCAAGAUGAAGCGCGGCGACAUCAACGUGCACCCCGCGUAUAUUGAGCAGCUCUCAAGCCUCGACAGCCAGCUCCAAUCCAAGUUUGCGGGCCGAAUUUCGCGCCAAAAGCGCUCCGAGUGGGACCCUCGCCACACCGAUCCCAACACGGACGAAAUCGUGCUUGUCAACACGUUCUUGAACGUUGCGUCGACCGCGGGAGCCGUCGACGACGACGACCGAGAGCGGCGCGACCUGGCUGCCAAGACCAAGAAGAGCCUUGUAUGGCUCGACUCGUGUCCUCGCCUGCGCAAGAUGCACCCCGAGUACGACUUUACCAAGCUCGAGCGCCCGCCCAGCGCCUCGUACAGCGCGCUUGUGGCCGGCAACGGGUGGGUCGACACUCUCGAGCCGGCUCGGCGCCGGGGUGUCGAGUCCCGACCGAUUCAGGACGUCGACUUGAGCCUCACGGACGACGACGACGAGAGCGAACCGGCCAAGCCCGCGGCCGACAGCUGGGACAUCUCGUACUCGGAUCCUGGCGUUGGCCACGACGCCGACGCGAAGCAGUAUGACACGGACGACGACGGGCGCAAGCCGCGCCACGGAUCGAUUCCGAGCCACCACAUUAUGGCAAGCAAGGCCGUGGCGAAGCGGGACGAGGGCAACCAGCAGCACUCGCCCACCGAGGCGCCAUCGUCCUCGUCCUCGGGUGUCCCGCGGUACCUGCAGCACACCAAGUCGUCGCGCAAUGCAAAACUGCUCGUCAAGCCACCGCUGCCUCGCCGAGGAUCCAACAAGCCCGACCAGCUCGGGGACUUUCUCGAGCGCGUCAAGCUCGACGAAGACGCAAGUCGUAGCAGCACGACAAAGCCCCGGCCGACCAAGACCAAGGUGCCGCCGCGCCCCCGCACGUCGCCCGUGAGCACCAAGCCGACGACGGCCAAGGCGUCGCUCGUGCAAAAUGUGAUUCGCGGCAAGAGCUCGUCCAACGCCGUGAAUCCAGCGAUUCACGUGACGCCCGCCAAGCCUCGGCGCAGUGCGCCCACGCCGCCGGUCGUCUACGGCUGGGCCGAGAAGAAGCAAGUGCCGACAAAGAAGCCGGACGUGGUCAAACCACCAAGUGUGCGCCAAGCAAGCAACCGGGUGACGCCGGCCAAGUGGCGAUAG